AUGGGGAAAGGGAGCAGCAGGGGCACAGCAGGUGCAAAGGCCCUGAGGCAGCAAAGCUGGACAUUGCUGAGGACGGGGCUGGGGAUGAGGUACAUGGGCUGCAUCGAAGUCCUCCGCUCCAUGCGCUCUCUGGAUUUUAACACUCGCACCCAGGUGACCAGGGAAGCCAUCAACCGGCUCCAUGAGGCAGUGCCUGGCAUCCGGGGCUCCUGGAAGAAGAAGGCCCCGAACAAGGCGCUAGCCUCCAUCCUGGGCAAGACCAACCUGCGCUUCGCUGGCAUGAGCAUCGCUGUGAGCAUCUCCACCGACGGCCUCAACCUGUCCGUGCCUGCCACGCGCCAGGUCAUUGCCAACCACCACAUGCAGUCUAUCUCCUUUGCGUCGGGAGGUGACACGGACAUGACUGAUUAUGUGGCCUACGUAGCCAAGGAUCCCAUCAACCAGAGAGCCUGCCACAUCCUGGAGUGCUGUGAGGGCCUCGCCCAGAGCAUCAUCAGCACCGUGGGCCAAGCCUUCGAGCUGCGCUUCAAACAGUACCUGCACAGCCCCCCCAGGGUGGUCCUGCCCCCGGAAAGGCUGACCAGGCCCGAGGAGUCGGCCUGGGGGGACGAGGAGGAAACGGAACACAAUUACUACAACAGCAUCCCAGGGAAGGAGCCGCCCCUGGGUGGGCUGGUGGACUCCAGGCUCGCCCUAACUCAGCCCUGUGCCGUCGGCGCCCUCGGCCAGGGCGUAUCGCCUGCUCGAAGGGACACCCGCAGUCUGCCGUGGGACCUGGGCCCCUCAGGCCCACCAGGGGAUGGCUACGUGCAGGCUGAUGCACGGGGCCCCAGAGACUAUGAGGACCACCUGUACGUCAACACACAGGGUCUGGAUGCCCCAGAGCCCCUGCAGCCGGAGGACAGCCCCAAGAAGGACCUGUUCGACAUGCGACCCUUCGAGGACGCUCUGAAGCUGCACGAGUGCUCUGCGGGGGCGGGGGCGGCGGUAGCGCCCGUUCCCCUGGAGGAUCAGUGGCCCAGCCCCCCCACCCGCCGGGCCCCCAUCGCCCCCACGGAGGAGCAGCUGCGGCAGGAGCCCUGGUACCACGGCCAGAUGAGCCGAAGGGCCGCAGAGAAGCUGCUUCGAGCCGACGGGGACUUCCUGGUGCGCGACAGCGUCACCAAUCCCGGGCAGUACGUCCUCACAGGCAUGCAUGCGGGGCAGCCCAAGUGA